AUGUCCUUUCCCAAGUUGGCCCUGCAGCUCAAGCUGGACUUCAGCGUCAUCCUGGGACCCUUGUUCUACACGUGGGUGGUCCAGAUGCUGUUGCCGUCGCUGCUGCAGCAGCUGGUGUAUGAGAAGGAGAAGCGCCUGCGAAUGAUCAUGAAGAUGCACGGUCUGGGUGACGGGGCGUACUGGCUGGUGACGUACCUGUGGUACCUCAUGGUGUACAUAGUCUACAUGGUAUUCUUCGUCGUGUUCGGGACGUUGAUACGGCUCAAGGUCUUCACCACCACGCCCUUUUCCAUACAAGCCGUGCUGUUCUUCAUCUUCGGCAACAACAUGCUCGCCUUCGUGUUCAUGAUCUCCUCCUUUUUCUCCUCCUCCCGUACGGCAACCGUCGUGGCCGUUCUAUACAUCUUCGCAUCGGGCCUCAUUGGCGAGCUAUUACUGCGCUCGCUCAUGCAGCAGGACAAGUCGUACAUGCUUGUCGUACAGCUGGUGCCCGGCUUUGCGCUGUACCGCGGUCUGUUCGAGUUCUCCGAGUACUCCACCCGGGCCGUCUUCGCCACCUUCCCUGGUCUUAAGUGGUCCAACCUGCGCGACCCCGGCAAUGGCAUGCUUAGCGUGUGGGUGUCUCUGCUGGCGGAGUGGCCGCUGUUCAUAGCGCUGGGCUGGUACUUUGAGCAGGCCGCGGGCUCUGUGGACACGCUGACGUAUGCGUGCGCACCCGCUGAAUCCAGCAGUGACGACUGCGGCAGCGGCGCUGCUAACGGUGGCGGCGGCGUCGCCAUUGGGCUGAAAAUCCAAGCGUACGACGUGGCGGCGGAGGCGGAUCGCGUGGCGGCUAUGGACGAGCAGCAGCUCUUGAACACGCCCAUUGUCGUACGCGGCCUCGCGAAAACGUUCUCCAAUGCGCGAGCCGGCUUAGGACGGGACGCAGGCGCGGGAUGGCUGGCGGGCUGCUGCGGUGGCCGGCAGCGUGGUCGUGUGGCGGUCCGCUCGCUGACACUGGCCAUUGAACGCGGGGAGUGCUUCGGGUUGCUCGGGCCGAACGGGGCGGGCAAGACCACCACCAUCAACAUGCUGACCGGCUUCUUGGAGCCCAGUGCGGGUGACGCCCUGGUGGAGGGGCGCUCCAUACGCACCCGCAUGACGGACAUCUACCGCAUGAUGGGCGUGUGUCCCCAGGAGAACCUGCUGUGGGAGCAGUUGACUGGAGAGGAGCACCUGAUGUUCUACGGCCGCAUCAAGGGACUCACGGGCAAGGAGCUUACGGCGGCGGUGGAAGCCGCUAUCAAGUCUGUAAAGCUGCACGUGAAUAACGCCGGCAAGCGGCGUGUGGGUGCCUACAGCGGCGGCAUGAAACGGCGGCUCAGUGUGGCCAUCAGUUUCAUGGGCAACCCGCAAGUCGUGUACCUGGAUGAGCCGUCCACGGGUCUGGACCCCGCCUCCCGACGCGCCCUAUGGGAUGUGGUCCGCGAGCACAAGGCCGGCAGGGCCAUCAUCCUGACCACACAUUCCAUGGAGGAGGCGGAAAUCCUGUGCGACCGACUCGGCAUCUUCGUGGACGGCCAGCUGGUGUGCAUCGGCAAUCCGCGAGAGAUCACAUCGCGCUACGCGGACUACCUGGUGUUCACCAUCACGGUGGGGCCUGGCCACGAGGACGCGGUGCGGGCUUUGGUGGCGCGCAUGAGCCCCAGCGCCCGGGUGACGUACUCGCUGGGCGGUACGUUCAAGUACGAGCUGCCUGCGGAGGAGGUGAGCUUUUCGGCGGUGUUUCGGGAGGUGGCGGCGGCCAAGGCGGAGAUGCAGGUUCUGGAUUGGGGCGUGACCAAUGCGACGCUGGAGGAGGUGUUUAUUAAGUUUGCUCGGCAGAUUGGCGUGGAGACGCGGGACCAGUAG